AUGGUCAUCAUGUGGCGGCUCGUGCUGGUGAUGAGUGUGCUGCAAGCCAGGUCUGCCGAUGAUGCCUGCGCCAUGCAGCUGAGAGUGCAGAAGACCGAGGUCACCAACCUGAACCCUGCAAACAUCACGGCUACACAGGGAGGUCAUGGGGAGUGUCGGAAAGCGCCGCUGCCCAAGAUCUCGGUCUUGCUGCCCGUGCAGAAUCCGAGCACGGUCGUGCGAGCCAUGCGGUCCAUCUUUGAUCAGAGCGUCAAGGACGACCUGGAGAUCUUGGUGUCCGUCGAGGGUGCCAACAGCGAGGCCGCCGGAAUGGUUCGAAGUCUGCAGCCCCCUGGGACGAUUGCUCUUGACAUCUUCGAGCAGGAACAGCACCUGGGCUACAGCCAGAACGUGAAUUUCCUACUGCGCCGGGCCAGAGGCGAGUUCGUGUCCUUGCUCGCAGAUGACGACUGGCUUCCUCCGAACUACUUGGAGAAACUGCUGCAAUGCUUCGCGGAGCAUCCUGCGGCUGUCAACUGCUAUCCGUACAUCCUCGAGUUCUCUGAGAAUGGCGAGCGUUUGCCAGGCCAAAUUUUUGCGGAUUCAGUUCAAGGGUCCCGACAAGAUCGACUCGAGCAAGUCAUGGAGAACUCGUGCGAUGCGGUGAGUGUCCGCGGGUUGAUCAAGCGCUCCGUCGCAGGCGACAACGUAUUCAUGCCUAGUCAUUACUACAGGGAUUUCAUGGCAGACACAGCGUCCAUCAUGCACCAAGCCGUCGCUGGAGAGCUGAUUCAGGCCGACGUGCCUUACUACAAGACCAUGUACGUUGCCAGCUCGACCCAUGGGACACACCACAAGUGGAGAGAUGCUAAGGAGGAUCUCCGCGUUCGAUCGACCCUGGACUUGCUGGAGACCUUUGCGCUGAAAGCACGACCCUGGCUCCCCGAGGAGAUCGUGCAGCUGAUCCUUCACGAACGGCACGUGGCCAUUCUGGGCGCAGGGCUCCAGGGCCUGACGAUGGCGCUCCUCUUCGAGAGCCACGGCUUUCACGUCACGCUGAUCGACAAUGCCACGGAGAUCAUGGGCAAGAUACACCUGGGCUUCGAGUACAGCGACGACAAGACGCUAGAAACGGGCCGACGCAGGAUGGAAUCUGCUCUGAGCUUCGGAUAUGUUCUUGAGAAGCUGCUGGGCUCGCAGAUCGCGUGGGACAAGAUGAAGUCGACGAAGUUCACUUAUUUGGUUCCGCGCGCUUCUUCGGUGCCACCCCAUGAGCUGGAGGCAUACUUUGAGAAUCUGCAGGGCGCGUAUGAGGACAUCCUGGCCAAGAGUCCUCACCUGCAUUAUCUGGGCGAACGCCCGACGCGGAUCUUUCGAAGAGUGCCGGUGCCUGCUGCCUGGAACAGCAGUGCCUUUGCCGCUGCCUUUGAGACGGAGGAGCAUGCCCUGCGAAGCCCGCUGCUGAAGGACUUGUUGCAGGAUGCGCUGCACUCGCGGCAGAUUGAUACGCUCCUGAACACCUGGGUGUCAGAAGUCCAAAAGCGGGAAGGCAUGUAUCAGAUUGCGACGAGCAAGGGCACUCUCCAUGCCCAGUUCGUGGUGAACUGCCUUUCGGAAGGAAAGGCUGCCGUUGACCAGGCUCUUGGAGUGGACGGCAGCCCGAAACCGGACUGGAGGCUGAAGUUCGGCAUCGAAACAUCUGAGAUCCCGGCCUUAGCAGAUACGGCGUCCGCCACCAUCCUCGACGGUCCGUUCGGCGGCUAUGUGAACUUUCAUCAGCACAAGAAGAUGUACUUCAGCUGGGCCACAGAGAGGCUGACCCCAAUGCCAGCUGACAAGGAUCUACCUGAUGAUCUACCCCAACUGUGGAAGUCCGUUGUGCAAGGUGACGUUCCGGAAGAGCUUCGAGCUUCCAUGGUGAAUGCCCAUGAGGAUGCCUUCAGGAGCCUUCUCAGUUUCAAAACCUUCCAGUUGCCAUGCCCGGACAUCGUCGCAGACCUCAUUCUGGGCACUGGCGAGGACUUUCAGGACCCCAUCCUGUACAAGGAGCAGUAUUUCUCCAUCCGGACAAACUUCGCGUCUGCGCCGUACAAUGCGUGGCUGUUGGAGCAACGGUAUUUGCAACAACAUCACCUCCUGGGCAAUGGUGGCAGUAUCGUUGGAACACAGCUGCACAUCUUCGGCCGGGCCGGUGGGCGUGAGAACGCUGACAUCUGUGGGGAGUAUCUGCACCGCGGGCAUGUUCACGGCCGACCUGUCUACCGCCAGCAGGGCUCCGCCACGGCCAUCCGCUAUUGGCCUUCGCUGCGGCGCUGGGUGAUCGACCGGGAGGGCGUGCGCGACUCCAAUGUCUGCGUGGCAUUCGCCCCCGACUCCGCGGACCUCGCGCACCCGGCACAUCCCGAGCUCAUCUGGCACGUUUGGGAAGCGGCCUCGCAAGCGCACGUCGCCGACUCCGAGGUCAUCUCUGUGGCGGCUCCCCGCACGGUCACGCUGGUGGGGAGGGCAGCAGGUCGAGAUGCCGAGUAUGUCAACGGCCCCUACGAGCUCGCACGCGUGGCGCAUGGCAGGCCUGUUUACGUCCACGCCAAGGGGGAGCUGGGCAUUCGCUACUUCCAAGAGGAGCGGCGAUGGGCGAUUGUGUGGCUGGCGCAGGACAACGGCACCUGCCUCGCCUAUUCAGAGUCCUCGAACUUGGAGCACCCUGGCCACAUUGAGCUGGAGUGGAUGUUCUGGGAGACGCAGCUGCAGACAUUCUGCGCCGACCCCGCUACCAGGACUUUGGUGGCCCCGAGUGUGGUGCGGAUCCUCGGCCGGCGCCCAGAGGCUGAGAAUGCGCGUAUCAACGGGUCGUACUCCCUCGCUGGAGUCAUCGAGGGCCGGCCCGCCUAUGUCCAGCCAGGCACCCGGCACCUCAUCCGCUACUCCUCACGAUCGGAUCGCUGGCUCGUGGAGACAGAUGGCCUAGUUGAGCCAAGCCUCGCCACGAAAUUGUACCACUGGGUCUUUGGUGGAGAUCUCAACGGGGGCGAUCGCUGUGCAGCGUACGCCAAUGCUUCAGCAUCUGAGCAUCCAGGGACGACGAAGUUGGAAUGGUCCAUCUGGGAGAGCAAGCGCGGCUGCUUCAUCUCGGAUCCGGAGGUGCGGUGCACAACGGCCCCGGUGGCACUCCAGGUCUGUGGCCGCGCCCGGCGUGAAAAUGAGUUCAUCAACGGUGACUACCAGCUGGCAGGGAUUCACCUGGGAAGGGUCUUCUACCACAAGCCGGGGAGCCAGUCCGUGAUCCGCUUCUGGCCCGCCAGGAACCGCUGGCUGAUCGAUGGCAACGGCCUCCAGCAGUCGGACGCCUGCUCGGCCUUCGCCGACUGUGCGGAUGAUGGCGAGUAUCCUGGAGACCUCAGCGGCUUUGCCCAAACUCGACAGUAUGGGGAGGAGAUGGCUGCAAAGGCCAGAUAG